AUGAAAGAUCACGAGAUCAAGAGCCUCCACGGCAACAGAAUUAGAUCCCCAAAACGGUCCCUCUGCCGCACCAUUUUCACCUCCCCGCUCUUCUACCUCACUCUCGCCUUCCUCGCCUUCUUCGCUGGCUACUACACCGCCACCUCCAACCCAUUCCCCUCCUCCUCCGCCGCCGCCGCCGCCGCCACGAACAACAUCAACUUCCCCUCCCGCCUAGCAUCCGCAACCGCCGCCAUGACCCUCCCACCGGAGAUCGACAACUUCCGCGUCGCGCCCAACUGCAUCGACCCCAUCCCCACCGACCUCAUCCGCGAAACCAUCCUCACGCGCGUCUACGGCGGCGCGUCCCCCUUCGACAACUUCCCCCCUCCCCACGUCGCCAACUCCCUCCGCCACCGCAGCCUCAAGGGCUGGGGGUCCAAGGGCGCCGUCUUCCGCCACCUCAUCGAAGAAGUCCGCCCCAAAAUCAUCAUCGAGGUCGGCACCUUCCUCGGCGCGUCCGCCGUCCACAUGGCCACCCUGACACGUCAGCUCGGCCUCGACGACACGCUCAUUCUGUGUAUCGAUGAUUUCCGCGGGUGGCCCGGGUUUCGGGAGCAGUUCCAGUUCAUCAAUCACAUCAAUGGUGACGUGAUGCUGUUGUAUCAGUUCAUGCAGAACGUGGUGUACAGUAACGUGACCGAUUCGGUCCUGCCGCUCCCGUUCUCGACCGGUUCGACCCUGUCGAGGCUGUGCCAGUGGGGGGUGACCGCGGAUCUGAUCGAGAUCGAUGCGGGUCACGAGUUUAACUCGGCUUGGUCCGAUAUUAACCGGGCGUUCCGGUUGUUGCGGCCGGGUGGGGUCAUGUUCGGGCAUGAUUAUUUCCGGAUGGGAGAUAACCGUGGGGUGAGGCGGGCGGUUAAUUUGUUUGCCCAGAUUUAUGGGCUGAGGGUCCAGACCGAUGGCGAGCAUUGGGUGAUCCACACCUCCUGA